AUGUCUCUCCUCCUGUUGGUGGUCUCAGCCCUUCACAUCCUUAUUCUCAUCCUGCUUUUCGUGGCCACUUUGGACAAGUCCUGGUGGACACUGCCUGGGCAGGAGUCCUUGAAUCUAUGGUAUGACUGUAAAUGGAACGGUACCACAGAAGCGUGGUCCUGCAGUAAUGUCAGCGACAACGGCUGGCUGAAGGCGGUACAGGUCCUCAUGGUGCUCUCCCUCAUCCUCUGCUGCCUCUCCUUCAUCCUGUUUAUGUUCCAGCUGUAUACCAUGCGGCGGGGAGGGCUUUUCUACGCCACAGGCUUCUGCCAGCUUUGCACUAGCGUGGCGGUGUUCACAGGAGCGCUCAUCUACAGCAUCCACGCCAAGGAGAUCCUGAAACGGACCGAGGGCAGCUUUGGCUACUGCUUCGGCCUGGCCUGGGCGGCCUUCCCGCUGGCCCUGGUCAGUGGCAUCAUGUACAUUCACCUGCGGAAGCGGGAGUGA